CCCACAAACAGCAGCACAUGACGUCAGUUACCGUAGCGCUCACUGUUGCGGGAAAAGCUGUUGACCGAUGACUGGACAUUUACAUCAGAUGAAAUAGCUGGGUUUCGAAAGCGAAACGUCAAAUCAACGGGGUUUUGCAGUGGCUAAUAUAUUACACUGUUUAAGAAGGGCCGCCAGUGAGAGAAACAGACCAUGUCUCAGGACAAGAACAGCUACCCCGGGGUCAUGGGGGAGAACAACCCCCUCCACAACAACGUCUACGGACCGCCCCAGCCCGGGUUCGGGAUAGCCCCUCCCAACUACACCCCGGCUCCAGUGCAAGCUCCAUACCCUGGCCAGCCUACACCAUAUGAUCAACCUGCACCCUAUGGUCAACCUGCACCCUAUGGUCAGCCCGGGUUUCCCCAGGGAGGUCCCGGGUUUGGACAGGGACCCUACCCUCAGAUGCCCUAUCCCCAGGGCCCCUACCCCACAGUGCCCUACCAGCAACCUGCACAGCCAGGGUUCCCUGGUGACCCCAACACUUCCGUGGGUGACGGUUACCAUGGGGACGUGCCGCCGUCUUACUACGACAACGAGGAGUUUACCAACUCUGGCUUUGAGGACAAGAGCAUCAGACAGGCGUUCAUCAGAAAGGUGUUCCUGGUGCUGACUGUUCAGCUGAUGGUCACCUUCUCCUUCGUGGCCGUCUUUACCUUUGUGGACGAUGCCAAGUUGUUUGUGCGGCGUAACCCCUGGACGUACUACGUGUCCUACGCCAUCUUCUUUGUGUCUCUCAUCACCCUCAGCUGCUGUGGAGAGUUCCGUCGCAAACACCCCUGGAACCUGAUGGCAUUGUCCAUCCUGACCCUGAGUCUGUCCUACAUGGUGGGGAUGAUCGCCAGCUUCUACGACACGGAGACUGUCAUCAUGGCUGUGGGCAUCACCGCUGUGGUCUGCUUCACCGUGGUCCUCUUCUCACUACAAAGCAAGUAUGACUUCACUUCCUGCCGCGGCGUUCUGUUUGUGUGUUUGAUCGUCCUGCUGCUCUUCUCCAUCCUCUGCAUCUUCAUCCGCCACAGGAUCCUCCACAUCGUCUACGCCUCCCUGGGAGCCCUGCUCUUCACCUGCUUCUUGGCUGUGGACACCCAGCUCCUCCUGGGCAACAAGAAGCUGGCUCUGAGUCCAGAGGAGUACAUCUUUGCUGCUCUCAACCUCUACACAGACAUCAUCAACAUCUUCCUCUACAUCCUGGCUAUCGUGGGCCGUUCCCGUGAGUGAUGGAGCGACGCCCUCUAGAGGAAAGGGAGAGGAAGGCAGCCAGAAGGCUUGAAUGAUGCUCUUUUCCCCUCGCUAUCUUUUUGCAUGAUCUGUUCCACUUUUUGAGGUUCCCUCCAAUUUGUCUGUUACACCUCCCCGCCAUCAUCCCACCCCCUUCAGGAGACGAAUUGGGUGACAGAAAAAAGGGUUCUGUCACCUAUUGCAGCAGGCCUGCCAUAGAGUGCAGCAAAGAAGGGCACAUUUUUGAAGUUAUUUAUUUGAAGUUCUAUUUAAGUAUGUUGUAAAUUAUUCCAUCUUUUUUUAACAUUCCUUGUUUGUUUUUAUGCAUUCUGCUUGUUCGGUCCUCCUUGGCAAUCUGCUUCUACUUACAGAGAUAUGGUAGCUAACUAGUAAAUCACUUCUGAACAACAUUAGCUGAACAAAUUCUAUAGAACUUUCCUGUGCUCUGUGAUUUUGGCGCUCUUCCUUGCCUUGUAAAUUAAGCACUGUAGAGAGAGCGAGUGAUAUGCUAUCUGAUAGAGAAAGCCACGCUGUGAUGCAGGCCAGCACUUUUUAAGGAAGAAACCUAGAAACAACACCUUUCCUGCUAUAUUCUCCCCCUCUGGUGUUCCCUUGUUUUCCUGCCAAUGUAAAUUAACUCUGCAUGGCACCUGAAACAGCUGAGAUAAGCUGAAUAGAUGAAUAAAAACCCUCCAGAGGGAUACCUCUCCUAGCCUGCUUGUUACGUAGCUGUACAUAGUUCUGUGUGAAAUGUAUAUGACGCUUAGUUCCCUAACCAGCUCUCUAGGCAUGCCCAGGGAGUGUAUGGCUGUGAUGCUCACUAAUAGAGAUAUAUAUAUAUAUAUAUAUAUCACAUACUUUCUCCCCAUCCCUCCCUCCAUCUUCACUACCACGCUGCCCUCCCUCCAUCCUCACUAACAAGCUGCCCUCUCCCCAUCCCUCCCUCAGAGAUAGAUAUAUAUAUAUAUCUAUCUAUCUAUCUAUAUCUAUAAACUGAUGCCAUCACUAAGCAUUGCUAACCAGUACAAAGACCAAAACUCCAAGCUAUUAAAGCGAGAGUGCGCACCUCUAACCCACUCCACAAUAUGUGAAUGUCGUUUGUGUUGUUAACAUGGAUGUACAACACUAAUAGACAUUAAUAAUAAUGUAUGUACAGUUCCAGUCAAGUUUGGACACUCGGGAGGAGUGGCGCAGUAGUCUAAGGCACUGCAUCACAGUGCUAGCUGUGCCACUAGAGAUUCUGGGUUUGAGUCCAGGCUCUGUCGCAGCCUGCCACGACCGGGAGACCCAUGGGGUGGCGCACAAUUGGCCCAACUGUUGUCUGGCAGGGAUGCACUAGUGACUCCUGUGGUGGGCCGGGUGCAGUGCAUGCUGACAUGGUCGCCAGGUGUACGCGUUUCCUCCGACACACUGGUGCGGCUGGAUUCCGGGUUAAGUGGAUAUUGUGUCAAGUAGCAGUGCGGCUUGGUUGGGUUGUGUUUCGGAGGACGCGCGGCUCUCGACCUUUGUCUCUCCUGUGUCCGUACGGGAGUUGGAGCGAUGAGACGAGACUAACUACCAAUUGGAUAACACGAAAAUGGGGUAAUAAAAAAUCAAAUUAAAAAAGUUUGGACACCUACUCAUUCAAGGGUUUUUCUUUAUUUUUACUAUUUUCUACAUUGUUGAAUAAUAGUGAAGAUAUCAAAACUAUGAAAUAAGUGUUAAACAAAUUAAAUAUAUUUUAGGUUCUUCAAAGUAGCCACCCUUUAGCUUGAUGACAGCUUUGCACGCUCUUGGCAUUCUCUCAAUCAGCUUCACCUGGAAUGCUUUUCCAACAGUCUUGAAGGAGUUCCCACAUAUUCUGAGCUCUUGUUGGCUGCUUUUUCUUCACUCUGCGGUCCAACUCAUCCCAAAACAUCUCCUUUGGAUUGAGGUUGGGUGAUUGUGGACGCCAGGUCAUCUGAUGCAGCACUCAUCACUUUCCUUGGUCAAAUAGCCCUUACACAGCCUGGAGGUAUGUUGGGUCAUUGUCCUGUUGAAAAACAAAUGAUAAUUCCACUAAGUGCAAACCAGAUGGGAUGGCGUAUCACUGCAGAAUGCUGUGCUAGCCAUGCUAGUUAAGUGUGCCUUCAAUUCUAAAUAAAUCACAGACGGUGUCACCAGCAAAGCACCAUCACACCACCUCCAUGCUUUAUGGUGAGAACCACACAUGCAGAGAUCAUCCGUUCACCUACUCUGCGUCUUACAAAGACACAGGUUGGAACCAAAAAUCUCACAUUUGGACUCAUCAGACCAAAGGACUGAUUUCCCCUGUCUAAUGUCCGUUGCUUGUGUUUCUUGGCCCAACCAAGUCUCUUCUUAUUGGUGUCCUUUAGUAGUGGUUUCUUUGCAGCAAUUUUACCAUGAAGGCCUGAUUCACGCAGUCUCCUUUGAACAGUUGAUGUUGAGAUGUGUCUGUUACAUGAACUCUGUGAAGCAAUUAUUUAGGCUGUAAUUUCUGAGGCUGGUAACUCUAAUGAACAUAUCCUCUGCAGCAGAGGUAACUCUGGGUCUUCCUUUCCUGUGUCGGUCCUCAUGAGAGCCAGUUUCAUCAUAGCACUUGAUGGUUUUUGCGACUGCACUUGAAGAAGGGUUCAAAGUUCUUGGAAUUUUCCACAUUGACUGACCUUCAUGUAUUAAAGAUGGUCUGUUGUUUCUCUUUGCUUAUUUGAGCUGCUGUUCUUGCCAUAAUAUGGACUUGGUCUUUUACCAAAUAGGGCUUUCUUCUGUAUGCCACCCCUACCUUGUCACAACACAACUGAUUGGCUCAAAUGCAUUAAGAAGGAAAGAAAUUCCACAAAUACACUUAACAAGGCACACCUGUUAAUUGAAAUGCAUUCCAGGUGGCUACCUCCAUGAAGCUGGUUGAGAGAAUAACAAGAGUGUGCAAAGCUGUCGUCAAGGUAAAGGGUGGGUACUUUGAAGAAUCUCAAAUAUAAAAUAUAUUUUGAUAUGUUUAACACUUGUUUUGGUUACUACAUGAUUCCCUAUGUGUUAUUUCAUGUCUUCACUAUUAGUUUACAAUGUAGAAAAUAGUAUAAAUAAAUAGAAAUCCUCGAAUGAGUAGGAGUGUCCAAACUUUUUUGACUGGUACUGUAUGUGAAAAUAUUAUUAAUGGAAUGAUAAUGUUUUUUCCCCCCCUUAUGUUCUGAAUGUUGGGAAGGUUGGUAAUUGAGAUGCUUUUGUAUAAGCUAAAUGUGGAAUGUCCCAUUGGCUUCCUUUGGAUAAAUGUUUUCCCUCUUACUUUUCGCUUGUCCUUACUAAUUCCUCAUUUGUCUCUGUCUUCAUGUAUAGUAAAUAGUAUUGUUUUUUUCCCCCUUCUCUCCAUUCUUACUAAUGUGAAAUGUUUAGGUAUUGGCAUUUCGGAACACUUUUAUACAGCGCUGUUAGAAAAAUAUCACUUUUUUUUUUUUACUGACAUGGAGAUUGAAGGAUAAGUUAUUCAUGAUAUAUUUAUUGAAGUUGCUAUAGAAGGCAGGGCUGCUGUGAAGUUGAAGGUAAAUGAGCAGGACACCACACUUUUCUGUUGUUCUGAAUGAUGCAUGGGACGCAGAGGGGCAUAUAUUCUGUGAGGUUUCCUGCUUGAACAUGGAUUUGUGUAUACACUGGAAGACUUGAAGGUAGAAUAAGGAGAGUCUGGAAACACAGAAUCACUUUGACUACUAGUCACUAGAGAACACCUUAGUUUUAACACUUCACUACUGCCAAUGCUGACCAAUCUGUUGAUAUGUUCUCCAUUGAAACUAUACACUAAGUUACAUCCACUAAAAUGAAUACCAUUUUUUGAAAACCACAUCAGAGUCUUCAAUAUCUCAGAUUGAGUUAUAAUUUGACUCCUGUUGCACGAUCCUUCCCUAUUGUUGCAUGUGCUGUGAUUUCACACUGGGCAGGCACUAGCUGUUUAUUUGAGUCAUGUUGAACGAAGAAUAAUCAUAACAAUAGAAGUGUUAUUGUUGUGCUACCUAUGGCCCUGUUUUGAUUUAAUGUUUCUGUUUAUCUAAGUAAAUGUGUAUAUACACUGUGUACAAAACAUUAGGAACACCUUCCUAAUAUUGAGUUGCACCCCCCCACCCCACCUUUUGCCCUCCAGAACAGCCUCAAUUCUACAAGGUAUCGAAAGUGUUCCACAGGGAUGCUGGCCCAUGUUCUCUCCAAUGUUUCCCAUAGUUGUCAAGUUGGCUGGAUGUGCACUGGGUGGUGGACCAUUCUUGAAUCACAUGGGAAACUGUUGAGAGUGAAAAACCCAGCAGCGUUGUAGUUCUCAACACACUCAAACCGGUGUGCCUGACAGCUACUACCAUAACCCGUUCAAAAGCACUUAAAUCGUUUGUCUUGCCCAUACACCCUCUGAAUGGCACACACAAACAAGCCAUGUCUCAAAAUCAUUCUUAAACCUGUCUCCUCCCCUUUAUCUACGCUGAUUGAAGUGGAUUUAACCGGUGACCUCAAGAAGGGAUCAUAGCUUUCAUCUGGGCACUCGCUCAUGAAAAGAGCAGGUGUUCCUAAUGUUUUGUACACUGUAUAAUACAACUCCUUAGUGGUUUGAUGUGUAUCGAGUAAAUUGGAGCUUUGUAGUUAUGUUUGCACUGUAAAUUUGCAUUAAAAUGAACUGGAAUUGGAUUCCUUUACACUACUCUUUGUUUUUCAUUAAAAGAGCUAUACACUUUU